CGAAAACUGCCCGAAAUGACAUACUCCUUGUUGGAGGGCUGCCUGUGAAGAACAAGAGACGGAAAGAACCCUGAGAAGCAGCAAACUGCAGACUGACAGCCCUCACUCCCACCCACGCCUUCUUCUUGGAUUCAUCUCUCUCUCUCUCUCUCUCUCGAUUCAAAUCAACAAGAGAGAGUCCUAUGCUAUGCGUAUUUGAUUGAGAGAUAGAUCAUCAGUCGAUGAAUGCAGUUUCUUUAGCCACGUCGCAGCCAGGGUGUUUUUUAGCAUUUGGAGAUGAUAGAUAUGACGUGGUUCAGUGCCCUUCUAGUAGGGGCAGGCUGUUUUGCUUUGGGGUACCUACUCAGUGCACGGUAUCCUGCUUGCAAAUUUGUCUCAACUAGAGUGGCUAAAGAGACCUCAGCUGUGGAUGUAAACAAGAAGAGUUGGCCGAAAGAACCUCUUGAGAUUGAAAAGCUGGCAGACAUUCUAGAAGAUUUCAAAAUGGUUUUGGUGGUAAGGAAUGACUUAAAGAUGGGGAAAGGGAAGAUUGCUGCUCAAUGCAGUCAUGCGACUUUGGGUCUCUACAAGAAGCUCCUCCGUCGGGCACCCAAAUCUUUGAACAGGUGGGAGAUGUGCGGGCAGGUCAAAGUGGUUGUGAAAAUCGAAAACGAAGAAGAUUUGUUAGUUCUACAGGAAAGGGCGCAAUCACUAAACUUACCAACGCAUAUCACAAUUGAUGCAGGGAGGACACAAAUUGCUCCUAAUUCGAGGACAGUAAUGGCUAUCAUGGGGCCUGCCGACAUGGUUGAUGACGUGACUGGUGGACUAAAGCUUUUGUAGUGAAUGCCGUCAUUGAUAUGGCUGGGAGAGUUACGUUAUCAUUUGUGGUGGUAAAGAAAAUUCUGUAAUGGUUUCAUUCAGUGAUGGAAACAUGUUCUGUUCAAGCGAGAUGAUCAGCGGUAGGGAAGUUGAAUCAUUAAUGUAAUUUGCAACCGAGCGAAUGAUGUGUUUCUGCAAGACCUUUUGACAUAUUUUGAGUUUCUCAUCAUGAAUGCAAUCGUCACAUUUAUGUAAAA